AUGCGGGCCUUUUCUCUGCUUGUCGGAUUUCUCACGACAUUGGUGAUUUUACCGUUCACCAAUGGUCUCAAACACAUCAAGACGUCCUCGCUUCUCACUUGCAUGGAAGACUCGCAAUUUUCUGCGUCGUUCUUCGAAGUCACUUUCUUCCCCGAUAAUAAGACCGCUGUGUUUGAUAUCGAUGCUACUACCACCAUUAGCGAAAAUGUCACUGCCAAGAUCGAAUUAAUCAUUUAUGGGCUAAACGUCCUCAACGAAGAGUUCAACUUAUGUGAUUUGGACCAAGCCUCCAUGUGUCCUCUAAGUGCAGGUAGAAUCGAGGUAAAAUCCACGUAUUCUUUGGAUGAGGAUAACGACAUGGUUGGUAACAUUCCAGGGGUCGCGUACACAGUUCCUGAUAUCGACGCACAAGUGCGUGUCAUCGUUUACUCAACAAACGAUACAAGUUUCGAAGAGCCACUAGCGUGUGUGCAAGCUGCUCUGUCCAAUGGUAAGACCGUUCAGACCAAAUAUGCUGCUUGGCCUAUCGCUGCGAUUUCAGGAUUGGGUGUUAUCACGUCAGCUAUCGUUUCAGUUAUUGGACAUUCCACCACAGCUGCUCAUAUUGCUUCUAACUCCAUCUCAUUGUUUGUGUACUUCCAAAAUUUGGCUAUCACUUCGAUGAUGGGUGUGGCGCGUGUCCCACCUAUCGCUGCCGCUUGGACCCAAAAUUUCCAAUGGUCCAUGGGUAUGAUUAAAGUGGGGUUCAUGCAAAAUAUAUUCGAUUGGUAUGUUACUGCUACUGGCGGUACCCCUGUUGUGGUCGUAGCAAACAAAGAUAUUCUAUCCAUCUCAGUGCAGAAAAGAGGAUUUACAACGCAGUUUAACGAUUUUGCGAAAAGAUCAUUAGACAGUUUAACCACUGGUCUUUACAAAAGAAUAUCUGCUGAUGAUGGGUACGAUUUCACUAAGUUGCUUUCCGAAAGUGAUUUAUACACUUCGGAUGAGAGAAACAUUGAUGACAUUUCUUCUAAAGUUAUUGUCUUUACUGGUAUUAAGCGUGUCGCGUACUUGGCCGGCAUUGAAUUGAGUAAUGUCUUUUUGACAGGUAUCGUCUUCACUCUUUUCUUUGUCUUCUGUAUGGUUAUCGGUAUGGCAGUCUUCAAAGCUGUCAUCGAAUUGCUAAUGAGAGCAGGAUACAUGAAACAGACUUCAAAAUUUUACGAAUAUAGAAGAUCCUGGGCCAGUAUUAUCAAAGGUACCUUGUUCAGAAUCUGCAUCAUUGCCUUCCCACAGGUUUCCAUUCUAUCCAUAUGGGAAUUCACUCAAAUUGAUUCCGUCGCUGUGGUUAUUGCCGCUGUCGUCAUACUUAUUGUUGUCUCAGGAUUACUAUUGUAUGGCGUCGUGAGGGUGAUCAUAAGAGGGAGAGAAUCUACACGUUUAUACAAAACCCCAGCAUACAUGCUCUAUGGUGAUGCUCCGUUCUUGAAUAGAUUCGGUUUCUUGUACGUUCAAUUCAAGGCUGAAAUGUACUGGUGGUUGAUGCCAUUAUUAGCAUACAUGUUCUUCAGAUCUUUGUUUGUUGCCGUACUUCAAGAACACGGGAAACCUCAAGCAAUGAUCAUUUUCGUUAUAGAAUUGGCAUAUUUCAUUGCAUUAUGUUGGUUAAGACCUUACUUGGAUAAACGUACCAAUGCGUUCAAUAUCGUGAUUCAUGCGGUCAACUUGUUCAAUUCUAUCUUAUUUUUAUUCUUCUCGAACUUGUUCAGACAACCUACUGUGGUUUCCAGUGUUAUGGCAGUCAUACUAUUUGUCGUGAACGCUAUUUUUGCACUAUUCCUCAUGAUCUUCACUAUUGUUACGUGUGUGUUGGCCUUGGUUCACAAGAACCCAGAUGCUCGUUACCAACCAAUGAAGGAUGAUCGUGUUUCUUUCAUUCCAAAGGUUCAAACAAAGGGUGAAACAGGAGAAUUGUUCGAUUUGGGUAGAGCUGCUAUGCACACUAACGAACCACCUUUAAAAGACGAAUUUGAAAUGAAACAAUCAAAUAAUUCUGCAAGAUUAUUGUUUGAUGAAGAUAUCGACGACUCUAAUACCACAUACGAUACUUCAUCUCGUAUUAGAAGAUUUGACUCUUCGAGCGGAAACGAACCAUUGCAGCCAAGUUCUGCCGUCAUGGGGGACAAUACCACGAGUUAUAACCGUGUUCCAACAGCUCCAAGCACUACAAAUUUAAGGAAACCGGAAAACUCCUUCUCUGCUAACACACAAUAUCAAGGUUUCUCUGGUAGCAACCCAUAUUUGAACGAAAACCCAAGCUACAACAGUUUUACCAGACAAACGAAUAAUAAAUCUGACAAUGUACCGUAUUUGUAA